GGAAUAGUGUUUUUAUUGUCUAGCAUUGACUGCGGAUAUCAGCGGCAAACAAUUUUCUUUGAGUGGGACCCCGUUCGCCGCACGCCCCAGCGAUCCAAGUGUCAUGUCAUCGCAUCGUGAUGGGGGCGUCAGAAGUCGCCUUGGGCGCCGACCUCGGCCACAUAGAAAACUUCGAAGGAUUCUUUGAGAAGGACUGGAUGCAUUACACCCCAUUGGAUGAGGCCAAACCUGCAGCCCACGAUGCCAUGUUCCAUCCACGCUCCAUAAUCUGUCCCACUCUGCAUGACGGGCGGUCAAUCAGAGUGUUCGGCUUGGGCCAGGGACGGGGCGGGUCAUCAA